UGCGUGACAAGUCGCACGAAUAAUACGUGCCACAUUUUAUUUUUAGAAAAUGUAAUUCAAUAAUCAGAGUUGACUGUUUCGUCAAAAAUAAAUAUUAUAUAAUUAUAUUAUUGCAGUUUAUCUACAGUUCAAUAUGUGAUACUUAAAAGUUAUUCAUUCGUUUACCAAUAGAUAUCAGAUUGUCGUGCAGAUAAAAAAUUGUUCGACUUUGGCGCAAGGUUCAAAGUGUGUUGACAUUUCAAUACCAUUACAAUUUUCAUAUUAUUACGUCAUUUUUAAUCAAUCCUGAAAACCUGGUGUAGGUGUUUACAAACAAGGAACAAUUGACAACUUGAAAUGACGACCUAGCACCGUUUCAUUUUUGAAUGUUCACCUUUAAAAAAAAUUAAGGACAAAUAAAUUCUAAAUUUUAUGUUGAAAUUGCAGUUAACAAAUCGAAGAUCAAAAUGGCUAACAGAGGAGGAUUCAAUUGCACCUGCUGGAGAAUGCAGAGACGAUUCUUUGUUGGGGGCAACUGGAAGAUGAACGGGAGCCUGCAUAAUAUAGAUGAAAUAAUUGGAUUUCUGACUUGUGGGCCUUUAAAUCCUGAUGUUGAAGUCGUCGUUGCAGCCCCGGCAUUGUAUAUCGAUUAUGCAAGAGAAAUAAGCCCGGCAAUGUUGAAAGAUGUUGGAUGCCGAUGGGUUAUUUUGGGGCAUUCUGAAAGGAGGACAAUCUUUGAGGAAUCUGAUGAGCUCAUAGCAGAAAAAUGUGCACAUGCUGUGGAGAACGGAGUUUCUAUAAUCGCCUGCAUCGGAGAGCAGCUUGAAGAACGUGAAAACGAUUUGACAGAAACUGUAGUGUUUCGUCAAACAAAAGCAAUUGUAGAGAAAAUUUCAUGUCUUGAAUAUUGGGACAAAAUUGUCUUGGCAUAUGAACCAGUUUGGGCUAUUGGAACUGGUAAAACUGCCACUCCUGAGCAGGCACAAGAUGUUCAUAAGAAAUUAAGAAAAUGGUUGAAUGACAAUGUGUGUCCUGAUGUUGCAAAAAGUGUUAGAAUAAUCUAUGGAGGUUCUGUGAAUGAAAAAAAUUGUCGGGAACUUGCAAAGAAAGAAGAUAUAGAUGGGUUCCUAGUUGGUGGUGCUUCCUUAAAACCUGAAUUCUUGAAAAUUGUGAAUGCUACUGCUGGGAUGUAGGCUAAUCUUCCUAUCAUAGUUAGAAGAUUGAACACUAAAUGUGCAGAUUGGAGAAGGAUAUAAAUGUUUUAAUUACCCAACAUGUAUAUUAAAUUUUUAUGAAAAACUGUUUAGUCAUUUGCUUGGUUUAUAUGCAUAUUUCCAAAUGUCAGAAAUUGAUUUUUAUUUUUAUUAUUGUAAAUUUGCAUUGUAAAAUUAUAGUGCGAAGGUUAAUGUAGUGGAGUCUAUAAUAUGAUCCUUGAACUGUAAAAUAUAUGUACAUAUGCACAUGUUAUUGUGUGACAUUUUGUAUAUUUAGAAAGAACUGAAUACACUUAUCUGUACAUUUUAUUGAAAUUUGUACUCUGUUUUUGCCUACGAAUAACAUCUGGGAGAAUAUUACAGCUUGUUCUAUUAUUAUGAGUUGAACUAUUUUUUUCUUCAGUAAUCUUUUCUCAUAAUUAAUUAUAAAUGAGACAUUGGCUAUCAAAACCCAACACAUUCCAUUAAUAACCAAAUUUAAUAUUUUUUUCAAGUUCAGUUUGUCUGUCAAAACCUGAAGGGACGUGGUUCAAAUCCUGACUAUUUUCAACCAAAAUGUGGCGAGAACCUAUCCUAUUCUAAUUGUUCUGUGGACAUGAUAACACAUUUCCUAAACAUUUUGAAAUUAAGGCUAAGAGGAGAAUCAGGGAAGCAAAGGAAAAUAUCAGGAGUUUGGAAAUAUCAGGAAACAUGUAAGUAGCAAUGAAAGGAAUACUGGAAAUAAAGGACAGGUUAAAAGUUCAUGAUUAUUUUCCGUAGAAAUCUUUUGACCCAUACAUUCAUUAGAAAUGACCAUCAAGCAGGACUCUGUCUCAAGAUCUCGUGAGCUUCAUAUUAGCUAUUAAUUCACAAUGUUACACUUGUUCCUUAAACCAGUUCUUACAGGAUAGGACAGGUCUGUUCAAAUACAGCUUUUUGACUGAUCUAGGGCAUUAUUUUUUUAACAGAAAAGGCUUUUUCACAUUUUGCGAUGCAUCUUUUAAGAUAAAGGUUACUUUACAUGCCAUAAAUGAUUGACAUAGGACAGACUGCUUCACCUCGUUUCCUUGAGAAUUCUAUUCCUUUCUGACAUUACAUUAUCUAAAUUUACUUUAAAUCAGUCCACAUUGAGAAUGUAUUUCAUUACAUUCUAAAUUCUUUAGAGCAUUACAUUUCAUGCUUAGUUUUUUCUUUAACAUAAAAUGUUUGGGUCUUUUUGUACCCUCUAGGUUGCUUAUUCGGAAUGCAGUGAAAUUGCUUUCAUUUGCUUUUAAUAUCUCAGGCAUAAUAAUAAUAAUAAUAAUAA